AUGUCUGGUUCGACCCGGAAAGAAACAGACCGGAUAAAAGGUCCAUGGAGUCCCGAAGAAGACGAGCUAUUGCAGACGCUAGUGCAAAAGCACGGACCAAGAAACUGGUCUCUCAUAAGCAAAUCCAUCCCCGGACGCUCCGGUAAAUCUUGCCGUCUCCGGUGGUGCAAUCAGCUCUCUCCGGAGGUUGAACACCGUGCCUUCUCGCCGGAGGAAGACGAGACGAUCUUACGCGCCCACGCGCGGUUCGGUAACAGGUGGGCCACGAUCGCUCGGCUUCUCAAUGGUCGCACCGAUAACGCCAUCAAGAAUCAUUGGAACUCGACGCUGAAGCGGAAAUGCGGCGGCGGCGGCGGCGGUGGUGGUUGGACGUCAGACGACGGAGGGUAUGAUGGUAAUUUAACGGAUGAGCAGCCGUUGAAACGGACGGCGAGCGGCGGUGGAGGAGUUGUGUCGACGGGGUUGUUUAUGAGUCCCGGAAGUCCGUCGGGAUCUGACGUCAGCGAGCAAUCCAUUGGACCUGUUUUGCCGUCUCCGUCUCAUGUUUUUAAGCCAACGGCGAGAGCUGGUGGUGUGGUGAUGGAAUCGACGGUGAAAGAUCCGGCGACUUCUCUGAGUUUGUCUCUGCCUUGUGUCAACGAGUCAACUCAAGGGAGAGACACGGCGGAGCUGUUUCCGGUGAGGAAACAUGAGGAGGAGAGGGUAAAGGGUAUUCCGGGGUGUAGUGGGGAUUUCAUGACGGUGUUGCAAGAGAUGAUUAAGACGGAGGUGAGGAGUUACAUGGCGGAUUUACAGUUAGGAAGCGGCGGAGGAGGAGGAAGUUCGUGUAUGCAAGGAGAUAAUGGUCGUAGUGUAGGAUUUAGAGAUUUUAUUAGGUUUUGA